CCACCACGCGCCCCUCUCCCUCUCCAAGAAAAGAAGAAACAACAAACUGGCCCCUGACCCCUUUCCACUGCAGCCCCGUGGACCGUUCUGGGGGAAGAGAAGGCAUCCGAAGAGUCCGAUAGGAUCCAGGCCUGAGGUCUCCAUUCCAAUUAUGUUGGGAACAAAGUGGUGACUUGUGGUUUAAGAGCAACAUAUCUAAAGGUCCAACCCCCUGGUACUCUGGCCUGGGCUGAAUUUCACAACAAUUGAACUCUCUACUCCCUACCCACAUUGACCACCAUGGGACCCGAAGAGGUGAAUACCACUGAUGCACACAGCAACUUUGCAGCUAUAUUCAACUCCCACCGGGAGCGCACUGCCUCCCUCCCAUUCAACUUUAGCUAUGGUGACUAUGACCUGCCUCUAGAUGAGGAUGAGGAUGUAACCAAGACCCGUACCUUCUUUGCUGCCAAGAUUGUCAUUGGCAUAGCUCUAGUGGGUAUCAUGCUAGUCUGCGGCAUUGGUAACUUUGUCUUCAUUGCUGCCCUGGCCCGAUACAAAAAGCUGCGGAACCUCACCAACCUGCUCAUUGCCAACCUGGCCAUCUCUGACUUCUUGGUGGCCAUUGUAUGCUGUCCCUUUGAAAUGGACUACUAUGUGGUCCGCCAACUCUCCUGGGAGCACGGGCACGUGCUCUGUGCCUCUGUCAACUACCUUCGAACAGUCUCCCUCUAUGUCUCUACCAAUGCCUUGUUGGCCAUUGCUGUAGACAGAUAUCUAGCUAUUGUCCAUCCCCUGAAACCACGGAUGAAUUAUCAAACUGCCACCUUUUUGAUAGCAUUGGUCUGGAUUGUAUCCAUCCUCAUUGCCAUCCCCUCAGCUUACUUUGCAACAGAGACUGUCCUCUUCAUCGUCAAAAGCCAGGAGAAAAUUUUCUGUGGCCAGAUCUGGCCAGUGGACCAGCAAAUGUACUACAAAUCCUACUUCCUGUUUAUCUUCGGCAUUGAGUUUGUAGGACCUGUGAUUACCAUGACCCUGUGUUAUGCUAGGAUCUCCCGAGAGUUGUGGUUCAAGGCUGUCCCUGGCUUCCAGACAGAGCAGAUCCGGAAACGUCUCCGUUGCCGAAGGAAGACAGUCUUAGUGCUAAUGUGUAUCCUGACUGCCUAUGUGAUCUGCUGGGCCCCUUUUUAUGGUUUUACCAUUGUCCGGGACUUCUUCCCGACCGUUUUUGUGAAGGAAAAACACUAUCUUACAGCUUUCUACAUUGUUGAGUGCAUUGCCAUGAGCAACAGUAUGAUCAAUACUGUGUGCUUUGUCACGGUCAAAAACAACACCAUGAAAUACUUUAAGAAGAUCAUGCUGCUCCGCUGGAGGUCUUCAUACAAUGGGAGCAAGUCCAGUGCAGAUGUUGACCUCAAGACCAGUGGCAUGCCCAUUACAGAAGAGGUGGACUGUAUCAGACUAAAGUAAUCUAUUGGAUCUUUUAAAAAAUUAUUUUCAAGCUGUAGGGUAUCAGAGGUAUUAAAAAAGCAUGCUAUUAGAUGAGUGUCACCAACUGAAUCAAGGCUCAAAUAUUUAAUGAUGACAAGUAGAUACAGUCUAGGAUCUCACAAUUUCACCGAUGAACAAAUAUCAUCACUCACCCAUAUUUAUUGAGCACCUACUGUAUACAAAAUAGUAUGUUAGGUGCAGGGGAUAUAAACCUGUGUCCAGAAUGUAUUAAUAGAAGAAUAAAAAAUUUAAAUUAAGACAAUACAUUCGCAAACAAGGCAGCAUUACAUGGCAUAUCAAAGUACUGAGCCUGGGAUUAAAGAAGAUCUGGGUUGAAAUCCUACCUUCAACAUUUACCUGUGUAACCCUGGGCAACUCCUUUAGCCUCUAUGUGCUACAAGCAAAUUGCUGGGAUUUAACUAAUAAGUUAUUAAUGAAGAGUGACCCAUACCAGUAGAAGAAGAUUAUACAUUGGGAUUUCCUUGCCUCGGCAAAAUCACAGACUUUUCCUGUGUUUUGAGUAUGAACAAUAAAGUGUUGGCAUCAUAUAUAUCAUUAGGGCUGGUGAGCACAGAUAGGUAAAUGCAUUCCAAGAGCUUAGGUUCUGCUUCUGGGACAUGCAGGACCACUUCCUGAACAUUGGCAUGGAUCUUCUCUGACAUUACUCCUAGCCAGGGACUGGUCAAGCUCCAAAUCCCAGUUUUUCCUGUGCCAUCCAUGAUAAAGAACAUGAAGCCUUUGGAAAUGAAGAUGUUACUCUAUGGGGAGACCUUAAGACUCUCAGUUUUUUUGUAUUUUACAAAAGCUGUUGUUAUUUCUAAAACAAACUCCAUGGUCGGGGGUGCCAGAGAGGUAAGAGGCCCUUUCCAAAAGGACCGACCUUAUUGUGGGCAACUCUCUUAUGUGGUAUGAUAUGAAGGGCAAAAGGAAAGUUCCCAAUGGUCUCUUCAUACUUGAAAUUCUACUAUUCAUGAUUCACAAGCUGACUCUCUCAGUGAUCAUCUUUUAGAAUGCAAUGAAUUAAUUGAUUAAUUGAAUGAAAUGAAUUAAUUUAGCUGACCUGCCCAUUGCAGAGAUUGGGGGAUUUGGAAUAGCAUCGGGCACUUUCUUGGAAGAGAAUCACAGAAAAGGGAGGAAUGUACGUAGAAACAAGGAGGCCUUUUUUUCUAACCCGUCCUUCUUGGUGGAGCCACAGACUCCCAUAUUACUGCUAAUUAAGAGUUGCUUAUUAAUAUUAGGUAGCUUCUUUGGACAAAGGAAGACCCCAGUCCAAAUGCUAUCAUCUCCAACCUUUCUUCAUUGUUCUUUGUGUGAACUAUUCUAUUGUUCUCUUAGAGGUUAGCUGACAACCUGGUGAAAGAGAUCAAGGUCUGUGAAGCAAUUAGGAGCAAAUGAUCUCAUCCAUUUGGCUCAGUGACCUCCACAAUAGCAGCAUGAUUUUAGCCGUGAACCACUGACGAGAUUCUCCAUGUUUGAGAAGCCAAAUGAUGCAGCAAACAGCAAGUUGGAUUGGGAGCCAGGGGAUCUUGAUCCUGGCUACGUCACCAUGGCAAGUUACAACCUCUUUGAGCCUCAGUUUCCUGACCUGUAAAAGGAGAUCAUGUUUCUUGCACUACCUACCUCACAGGGUUGUUGUGAGGAAAGCAACAUAAAUGUGAGUUAUUGUUAUGUGAUUUCUUCCAAAACUGCAUGUUCCUGGGACUCCAUCAGUUGUCAUCUCUAGUUGUGCUUUUCUUAUUCCAUGUAUCUCUCUCUCUCUCUCUCUCUCUCUCUCGAAUGACUUUAUUUUCUGAUUGACUUUUGGUAUACAUAAAAGUUCAAGUUGAUUGGGAAAUGGGUUUGUGGAAAUUAUAAAAAGAUAUGGUGGGGGUGGAGGUUUUGUUCUUUUCCAAAUACAAAUGUUCUUUUCUGCAGUGAAUUGUCAAUCUCUGGCCAAUUUCUUCACACCAUGCAGCAUUCUCAGCCUCAUUCCCCAGCCAAGAUAUCCUCAGAGGAUGCAAAGGAUUUUAAUAGUUGUCUAGGAAAAACAUAACUUGGAACACACCAAAUCGCAUAAUGCAUUCUAAUGCCAAGAAAAUAAGUCUGCGAUUAUCUGGGAUGUUAUUUGAGUUUUGCUUUUUAGAAAGUAGUAGGAACCAUGCCACUACCUUGUCUCCAUUAGCAAUGAUAAUUGAGAGUUGGCUAUAUUAAACCUGAACCUUUUUAGAUAAUACUAGGGACCCCCUCCCCCACUGUCAUUAUGAAAUGUACAGAAUCUUCCUCUCCACUCUCAUAGUAAUGGAAUCAUUUGCAAGAUGCAGAGCUGUAUAAGUGCUGGAAUUGGAGUCAGAAAGACCUGAUUUUAACUUCUGCCUCAGACACGAGCCAUAUGACUCUGAAAAAGUCACUUAACUUCUUAGCCUCAAUUUCUUCAUCUUUAAAAUGGGGAUAAUAAAUGAUAACCCUUACCUCACAGAGCUAUUAUGAAAAUCAAAUGAGACAAUGUAUAAAAGGUGUUUUGUGAACUGUAACACUAUAUAAAUGUCACUUAUCAUUAUUAUCAUUAUUAUGGUUAUUGUUAAAUAUUGUUGUCUGCUUGUGGUGUUGUAGGGAACAUAAAUCUUGUGUUGUUGACCAAGUGAAACAAUGGAUAUGAAAAACCAACCACACUAUUCAUGGAUAUCCCCCCCCAAAAUUUGUUUUCUUGUGCUUAUAUAGUUGGAUAUAAAUGAUGUAAGAUUAACUGAGCAAAUCUACUUUUGACAGGAAGCGAACAGGG